GGGAGGGACCUUGACGAGAGGUAGAAGAAACACACGCGCCUAUAUUCAGUCGAAAGGCAACCGCCGUGGCGAUAGCAUCGCCGCUACACCAAACUCUCAUUCACACUUCUUCUUCUUCUUCUUUUUUAAGUGGUUGUAAUAAUCACGAGCGCGACAGCAGUGUGGACCCUCGCAACUUGCCAUCUAUCGGAUAUUUGUUUUAUUCUCUUUUUAAUUUCUUGUCGAAUUAGCGUUUCGUCAAACGGGAUCAAUCGAGUGUAUUGUUGCGUGUGCACACGUGUGAUUUAAAAUGCCGGAAGAAGGCUAAUCGAGAGGUGCGCAAUCAGUGUCAAUUUUUAAAAAGAAAAGGAAAAAAAUUAAUCGGAUCUCAUUGUGACCCCGGGAUGUUUUAAAUCACGUGAAAUAUUUCAAUGGAAGUGUCGACGACGACGACGAGUAAGUGCGCCAGCAACGGCGGAUUGCCGGGCAGCAGCGCUGCCGUCGUCGCCAAAGUGUCGACUGUUGCAGCGGAAGAGGAUUUGGCCGCGGCGUCGGCUUCCGGUGGCAACAGGAAAGAUGGCGGCAGCGGUGGUGGGACCUUGUUACAGAUGCACAAGCCUCUGGCCCACCUGUUGGCCCACCGUCAGUGGUGGAAAGUCUGCUGGGUCUACGGCGACCAGCAAAAGUAUUACAGACAAUUGUACGGGCGCAAAAAGAAUUUGACGACGCUCAGGUCGACCGUCGCCGAUGCCACCAAAUCCUCCUCCUUGUCUUCCUCUUCUUGUUGUAAUGAUGACAAUAAUCACCACAGCGGCGGUGGUGUCGACGACGAUGAUGAAGAAGACGACGACGACGACGCCGCCGUCAGUUCAUCAUCAUUUAACACUGUGCCAUGUUUCCACACCUCGGAAAAAGUGUGUCGUAACUGCAAAUGUCCGCGGGAGGAUCACCAAGAACAGCGUCCGUAUCAAGUCGGAGGUACCGUUGUGAACGGCGGCUACAACCCGCCGCCGCAACAUCAACAAAUGAUGCAACAGCAGCAGCAGCGGCCGGGCUACGCGCCGUUCCAGCAGCCGUCGCCGCAGUCGUUGACGUCGCAGUCGUCGGAAACGCAACUGCUCUCGGCCAACUCUUCGUCGGACAAACUCGUUGUGGGACGAGGCGCCUCUGGCCUCUUUCACCCGCUGCAAUCAUCAUCAUCAUUGCAGCAGCAGCACAAUCAUCCCCAUCAUCAUCAGCUGGGUGGUCUGGCGACCGACGUUUUGCGACACUCCCAGUCGGACGAUGAUUCGGGCUGCGCUCUCGAAGAAUACACGUGGGUUCCACCCGGAUUGAAACCCGACCAGGUUCAUUUGUACUUUUCCGUGUUGCCGGAAGAGAAAGUGCCGUACGUCAAUUCGAUUGGCGAAAAGUACCGCAUUCGCCAGCUGCUCCACCAACUUCCGCCGCACGAUAAUGAGGUGCGCUACUGUUCUUCGUUAUCCGAAGACGAGAAGAAAGAAUUGCGGCUCUUCUCUGCUCAACGAAAGCGUGAGGCCCUCGGACGGGGGACCGUACGCCAACUACCUGUCGCCAAUCCGGUGCCCACCUCUUGCCAUCAGUGCACAGAACCGAUGGGCGGCGGUGAUAUGGCCGUCAUGGCUUCCCGCGCUGGACCAGCCCACUGUUGGCAUCCGGGCUGUUUCUCCUGCAGCGUCUGUCGGGAAUUGCUCGUCGAUUUGAUCUACUUUUAUCGCGAUGGCCGACUCUUUUGCGGGCGACAUCACGCGGAAACUCUCAAGCCCCGUUGCGCCGCUUGCGACGAGUUGAUUUUGGCGGACGAGUGCACGGAAGCGGAAGGCCGGGCCUGGCACAUGCGCCACUUUGCCUGCUUUGAAUGCGACCGAGUCCUGGGCGGCCAGCGUUACAUCAUGCGCGACUCGCGACCCUAUUGCCUCCACUGUUUCGACGCCAUCUUUUCCGAGUAUUGCGACGCUUGCGGCGAACCAAUCGGAGUCGAUCAAGGUCAAAUGACGCACGAAGGCCAGCACUGGCAUGCAACGGACGGCUGUUUCUGUUGCCACACGUGCCGGGCGUCAUUGCUGGGCAGGCCGUUCUUGCCCCGUCGCGGACUCAUCUUUUGUUCGAUUGGGUGCAGCAAAGGAGAGCCACCAACGCCCAGCACCGACUCCAACGCCAACACGCCCACCCACAGCAACAGCAGCAGCACCAACAACAGCUUGAUGCAUCACCACCACCAUCAGUCCGGCAUCAGCGGACCGAGUCCGUCCCUGCUUCCGUCCAUCGGCUCGCCUUCAUCGUCCGCCUCCCGCAGUCCGAGACGAAUCAGGUCUGGCAAGACCCAGCAGCACCAGCAGCAGAGAUGGCGUGGCCGAAAUGGUAAUCAAGAUGACGCCAACUCGGAGACGACUGAAGUCUCAGACUAUUCCAGCAGUCAGCAGCAGCAGCAGCUCCAGCAAGCACUUUCGCCCGCAUCUUCUGCCAGCCUCAACUUGGGUUUGCCUCCGGCUCCGCCUCGGAGCGUGACCAGCGCCGUCAGUGCCGGAUCAGAUUUGAACUCUCCGUCGCCCAACCAAGUCCGACGCUCAAAGAGGCAGCCCAUGACGGAUUUAUCGAGCCUCGGCGGAUCCAGCCUGAACACCACCGCCAGUCCCCUGUCAUCGCCCAUGUCCAGCGUCGGCAUCGCUCAUCGUGGGGUCGUCGACUACCGCCAGCACGUCGCCUCGCCCGAGCUGCCACCGCCGUCGGCUACCACCAGCAGCAGCAGCAGCAGCAACCCGCCGAUCAACUUGCAGCAGUUCGCCUCGGCUGGCAACUCGCCCACUCACGUUUACAGAUCUCCGCGAAUGGGCCGAAAGAGCCUGCGCCCCUACCAAGCGCCACCACCGCAACAGCAACCAGCCCCUCCGCUCUACGAGAAUCAUCCGCCCUUGGAAACUCUUUCGCUCGACGAUUCGCCGCGCUAUCGAUCCGAGCCGCUGAUGUAUUCGGGCCUCCCUGGCAGCCCCGAGCAACAACAGGUGGAGCCGAAAUCGACCGAAAUGCCCCGCCAGGAGGUGCAGACGGAAAACGUGGCCGUGGCACCGCCAACCUCAAAUGCUCAAUCUACGCCCGAGUCGGCGACAUCAACAACAACCGAUCCGGCCGUUUUGAAUUUGGAACAGCUUCUGAGCAAAGUGGCCGCCGGCGGAAUGGCGCCUUUGCUGACCAAGCAGGUGCUCGACAAGUUGCUGGAAGCCGCCGCAGCGGCCAACUUGAUCCAGCCGCAGCAGCAGCAACAACUGACAGGAUUGCGUCGCAGUCCGGACGCCCAUUCGUCUUCUCUUCCGGAUUUUUCGACUCAAACGGAGCCGGACGGCAACCAGACCGGGUCCAACGAUGACGAAGAAGAGGAUACUCCGGCCGAUGCCAGUUCGCCAGUAGGCGACGGUUGCACGCCUCGAAAAUCAAAUCUAAUGACUGGGCGGAGUAAAAAUGGCGGGGCGGAUUCCCGACAGCUCAGCGUCAGAUUCGAUCCAAAUCAAGUACCGAUGAUCGAAGGAGCAUCAGGUGGUGGCAGGAGCCCCGAAGGAGACACCAGCAGCAGCAGCAGUAGCGGUGGCUGCCGAAAAACCCACGAUCAUCACCAUCAUCACCCGUCUUCCUGCUCUUCAUCAUUUUCUUACAAGAGCGGCAGUCGCAGGAAACAGCAACAAGUUCAACAGCAAAAUCCCAAUGUUCCGCGCUCUCACUCUUACUCCGGACGCAGCUCUCUUGAAGAGGCGAUGAAUAGCGGCAGCGCUACCGGAUUUGGAACCCGAGCUGAAGCUGGUCCCAGCAGUGGCCGACCGGUCAACAGACAUCGCCCCAUUAAUGACAUGGACAUGGUGAGCGUCUGCUCCACCUGCUCGAGCUCGAGCAGCGACGAGGAGGAGGACUACUCAUCUUACCGUCUACCGGCAGCGCGCCGAGCCGCCUACGGUGGCGUCCGGAUCAGUUACGUGCCCAACGACGCCAUGGCACUGGCUUCAGCCCGCCAGCGCUCUCAAACGCUUCAAACUUCGGCGACGGGACUGUCGUCGAGAGCGGCCUCCGGCGGAGGCGACAAGGAAAAGGACAAGAAUUGCAUCAUAUCUUAAUUUGACACAUAUACACGCACACAACUCACUUCAUUAAAUUACAUAUACUCAGUGAAAGAAGGUCAAUCAGUUCUGUUUGAAAGAAAAGGAUAUAUGCAUCACAAGUUUGUUUGCCUUAUCAUAUAAUACCGAUAGAGAUUAACUCUAAAAGAAGAAGAAGAAGAAUCUGAGUGUGUUUUUCUUGACUGGAAAAAUAGAAAAUGGCGAGCACCCAAAAUCAGAAAAGCGGAACGACAAAUCCUGGCGAUAUAUUCGGUUCAUCGAUGUCGUUAAUACCUUUGGGUGUUGCUUACAGAAUUUACGACCACGAGUUGCCACAGUUGUUUGUUUGAAUGUGGUCGAUUUCUCCAAAUAACACACCAACAGUUGGUUCUCGUGCAAUAAUAGGAUUUCUUAUUUUAUGCAAAUGUUUAAUAAUUAUUUAUAUAUAAAUAUGUAUAUUGUCAAUACAUACAGUAUAUUAAAUGAGCAAGAUUGGCUACAGUAAUACAAUUUUUGACUUAA